GUGAUGUCAUCCAAGCCAACAACCUACCCUGGAGUGUAUGGAACCACACCCAAUCCUUACCCACCAAGUAACUUUAUGGUGCCUGGGUCUCAACAACCCCCAGGGUUCAUCAACCCACGAAUCCAAGCUCAGAGUAGCCAGGCACCUUUCAUCGUCUCUCCAGGAAUCCUCAAUAACAGUCAGCAGGUUCAAGGAAAUAUACAAAUGGUAAAUCCAGGUACAGGAAAAGCAGCCACAAACUUUAAAGAAGCAAAGACACUAGGGGCAAUCCAGAUCCUGAUUGGAUCAAUGCACAUUGGCUUCGGAAUUAUUCUGGGCUUAAUGGGCCGCAUUUAUAUGCAAGUUUUGGGUUUUGCUUCCUUAGCUUUUGUUAGCGGAUAUCCAUUCUGGGGCGGCCUCUCUUUCAUUAUUACUGGAAUUCUCUGUAUUUUGGCAUCCAAGGAGUCUUCCCCUGCUCUGAUAAAAAGCAGCCUGGGAAUGAGUAUUGUUAGUUCCAUCUUUGCCUUCAUUGGGAUGAUCCUGUUGCUGGUGGAUGAAAGCAUCAACGGGCUGCCCGAGCAAGACUACUGGGCAGUGCUUUCUGGAAAAGGCAUUUCAGCCAUGCUGAUUAUCUUCUCUCUCUUGGAGUUCUGCAUAACUUGUGCCACAGCCUAUUUUGCCAGCCACACCGUCACCAACACCAGUGGGUCUGUCCUGGUUAUUCCACCUGUGUAUGCAAACAGUCCCUUGACAACAGGAUUGUCCUCAGUUCCUCCCCCAGUUCCGGCCACUUAGCUCACACCACCUAAUACCAGUAGGUAUUAAAAGAAGCAGCAGCAUCCUGCAAUUUCAUGGGGGUAGAACCGCUCUGCAGAAACUUCUUAAGAAGUUGGUCUUCGCCAUUCACGAUGAUUGCUAAUCUUUAAAGACUGUGUUUCAGGUUCUGUUCUUGGUUUGUCAUGAAUGAAAACUCUAUGGACCU